UACAUAAAAAUAAUUAAACAAUUUAUAAAAUAAAACAAUUAUGUCCACAAAAGCUAAACAAACGGACAAUAUAAAUAAAAAUAAGUGCAACGAGUCAAUAUGGAAAAAAGCUCUUGAUAAGAAUUCCGAAUGGCCUGACAAGGAAGAAUUUUUAGACGUAAUAUAUUGGAUGCGCCAGGCUAUAGGAAUCAUUUUGGGACUAUCUUGGGGGCUGUUGCCAUUGAAAGGAUUUCUGGGACUGCUAUUGUUUGUCAUUUUGAAUGCAGCAGUAAUAUAUGUAUACGUAAAUAAUUUCCACAACAUUGAUGAAGAGGAAUAUGGUGGGAUGUGGGAAAUUACUAAAGAAGGCUUUAUGACUUCAUUUGCUGGAUUUUUAGUGACGUGGAUUAUAAUGUACACAGGAUUGCAUUCGGAAAAAUUAUGAGACAAAAAUACAAUAAUGCAUUGAAGCAACAAGUCUGAUGUAUUAGCUAAAGUGAAAUUGAAGCAAUUUUGGAUACCUUUAAUCUUUAUCCUGGUAUCAGUCCAAGUGCUUGCAUAACCUUUUUAGAAAAACAAACAUAUUUAAAUGUUUUACAUAACAAAUAUGUGAGAAAGUACAGAUUUGUGUAUUUAUGAGCCUUGAAACAUAGUUAAUUUUAUUAGAUAUUACUGUUGAACUAAUGUAAUAGUUGAGUUCUAGACAACAUUUCACUGAAAUUUUGAAUUUUGAAUUUAAAUGAAAAUUGCUAUGUGUGCUUAAUAUUUUUUCUUUUAGUUCUGAUGUAUGAUCAUAAUUUAAACUUAAACUGAUAUUAGUUUCAUAAAAUGCAGGUGUGAGUGCCUAACAAUAUCAUUCAAACAGUUGUAAAAUCAUUUGCAUUGAUUUGUACCAGUUGGUAGGCUACAUCCGAAUUAAGAAAUAUAGUGCUAGCAAAUUGUAUGGCAUAGAUUUAUAAGGGUCUUGUUUGUCUAUGAAACCGUAAAAAAGUUGAACCUGAAUUCUAGAUAUUUGACAAUAGAUUUGUGUCAAAGGUAUUAUUAAUUUUGAAAUGCUGUCACACAUGGAAUGUGUUUUGGCAAUUAAACCUUAUUGCAAUGUUAAUUUGCUAUAAACUUUGUCCUAUAGGCAUUUUCGUAUCUUCAAUUUUUAAACAAGAAUUAUAAUUUCAUUCUUCAUUUGCUUUGGUUCUAUCAAAGAUCUUUAACAGAUUGUAUAUUUAGAAACUACAUUCUACUAAACAAAUAUUACAGUUUUUCUGUUACCGAUGGGUUUAUAAUUAGGUAUUAUUUAUUUACAAAGGGUUCUAAAUUUUACAUUUUUAUUCUGGAAGGAAACAGCUUGAUCAAUCAUUGAUUCUAGCAACAUACAUAUAAAAUGUAUAUUGAAAGUUUAUGUUAACUUGUUAAACCUUUUUUGUUAUUUUUUAUCUUAAGUUAAGAUGAAAUGAUAUUUGCAUGGUUCACAUUAUGUAGUACAACUUAGCUAAUGUGUAUAAAAAAAUUAAAUGAUGAUUAAAUAUUGUUGUUGGAAAGCAAGAACGUUGGUAAAAUAUCUAAUUUAGAGAACAAGGUAAUCAAUUAAAGCAUAUGCAUUUAGAAGUUAAAUCUAUGUGUUCAAAUCUUCGGUAGUGGUGUGAUCAAAGGAUUUAAUUAUAGUAAUGUUUACUUUUUUAUCAGUAAGAAUAUUAGCUAUAAUUGAGAACUUUAACAAGCUAACGAGCUUGUGGCUUAAUCUAACCUAACAUUAAAUUGUUAGACAGCAAUUGUAUUUUAUUAGUGGUUGUACUAUAUUUAAAUUGAAACCGGGAACAUAAACAGAGUGUAAGGGAAUAAUAAUAACUACCUCAACAUAAACAUAAAUAUAUAUGAAUUAACAAAAUUAAGUGUAAAUACUUAUCUACUUUAUGAAACCGGUAAUCUGUAGUGAAGGUCAUGUUUGCAUAAACCUUCAUCUUGGCACGUUUCCCUUGCACCCAGCAGAAUACCACACUCCGCUUCACUUACUUUAAACGUUAAGCAAUAAAUAAAGACAUUAAAUAGGUAAUAUUAUGUGAUAUAAUUGUUGAUAAUGUAAUAAAAUUAAUACACUCGUAUUUGAUCAAUUUUACAAAGCAUUGGUAUUAAAAUUAUAACAAAGUUAUCAUUUGAAUGUUUGCAAUAUAUUGAACAGUUUGAUAAAUAAAUAAAAUUAAGAAAA